ACGGCAAACGGAAGAACUUAGUUCCUCACCUGCCAAGACCACAAAAUGCAGUCCCCAUUUGGUAAUAAUUUAUUAGUACACGUCAAACAACGCUCGAUUGCCUUUUAGUCUCCUUUUCCCUUCAUCUGGUUUUGAUAUACCUUGGGUAGUUUGCAGCUAGGAUCCUUACUGUACCUUUGAGUAUAUAGCUCCUCCUGCAGACCUCCUAAAAUGUCAACACCCCAAAGUCCCGAGACUGCGGAGCGACCUACAGCCCAUGGCGGGCCAAAGUGUACCCCUGCUGAGCUACUGUUAAAGGUCGUCCUUGCGGGCACAUUGACUCACUAUGAGACUCGGGGUAUGAUUGAUGAUAAACGGUUAGAACAUCUGCUGCUUUCUGGGAAGCAGAUUCUGUAUAAGAGCCAUCAGGAAAGCGAAGUCAGACAGAAUCUGGGCUUUUCACCGGCGAUAUGGCAAGGCCUCACCGACGUGUUGAGCAAAGCUAUCCCCGUUCUCGAAUCACAAUCUUUGGCAGCUCCCGGAAACUGCGAAGAGUCCUCCUCCAACCUCAUAGCAUAUAACUACUUUUCUCUGGUAAAGGAUAUUGAACGGCUGAACGAUCUCUGUACGAUUGCACGCAAUCUACUUGCCACGACAAAGAAAGCUCAAAAUCUCGCUGCUGAGAAGGGUUUUGAUCAAAGAAUCUUGUUACUUAUUGACACAUGUGUCAGGGUUACUGCUAGGGGUUACGAUGGCGAGAGCAACGCCAGAAAUGAAGAAAGAUGGCAAAAAGUUGUCAGUCUCUACAAACGGUUGCUAAUCACUUGCCUCCAGUUCCUCCAUAAUUUUAUCAUGCAUAACGAGCAUCGGAAACUUGUGUUGUGGCUAGAUCUCUUCGGUUAUCAUCAGAAUGGCGAGUCAAGUAUAAUAACACCCAUGGAACCGCUGGAUACUGGCAACUCACCUCCACAGGGAGUAGCGCCAGUUGUUCGAGCGGGAGAACGAAUUGUCAGUCCACCCUUGCGAACGAUCUACGACCAAAACGCGGAGGAUAUGUUGCUGGAAACGAUUUCUACUUUCCCUCGAGAACCGGCGUCGUCGAAGGAAGAAGCGGCUAUGAUGCUGCUAGCCAACGUGAAGGAUCAUAUGGAGAAGCUACUGGGACGGAAUCUGAAGGAAAUCCAGGAGAUGGCCAAAAUGGAAGGCUGGGCAGAUUUGAAAGACCGAUUACGUGAAGAUGGGAGCGCCCUCGCCCUCGGCGAAGAAGAACCAACUCGGAAGAAAGCGAUUAUUAGCAUCGAUCGGAGUGCCACGACGGGUUAUCCACGAACGUGUUGGACCGACUUGCCGGAUUUAGAUGAAUACGGUGCCAUAGCGGCGGUCGACGCCCCAGUUACCGCCCAAGACACCACGAUGUCACGAUCCCCGCAGUCAGCAGCAGAGACAUUACAGGAAGCGAAGGAUGAGCUAAUGGCUAGGCUGCAAGAGUCCUCGCCGAUCAUGGCCAACGCGGGGCUACAUUACGAGUCGGUGGAUGGUAAUGGUAUGCCACCAGAUGACGACUCGCGUAGCCUAGAGGCUGGUGUCGACGGCAGCGUCGAUGAGGAGGAAGACGACGAGGAUGAUGAUGACGAUUAUAGAGGUCGGCCUGGGGACCAGCAACGUGGCUUACUCACAGAUAUUCCUCUCGUUCUAGGCCCUGCGGAAAUCGAGGCUCUGCCCAUGAUUAUCCAAGCCGGCAUUGUUGACAGUUUCGGCCUAAAGGGCGGAGAAAGAUCGGGAAAUAAAAAUAUGCAGGCUGUCCGGUGCCAUAUUCUUCUUGCUCAGGAGACAGGCCGAAACCUUCUCCGCGAACUAUUGAUUUUCAUUGCUGCCUGGGACCUUCCAGACGAGGAAUUUUACUUCAAGAUGAUGGUACAAAUCAUGGACGCCGUGCUUAAGAAUGGCCUAAUGUCCCAUGCUUAUUCGGAUUUCGGUCAAGCGAAGGACAUUAUCUCGCCCGCCCAAGCUGUAGUAAUUAAAAUCCUCACGCACAUCUUCCGGGGCAAGUAUUCACCUCCCAAUAUUACCUCGACGACAGAGACACCGACUGGCAGAAGUUCUGUCCCAGUCACCAAGGUCGAUGUGCUGACCGUUCGCUACAUUUUUACAAUUUUCCGCGGUAACAUUAUCCCAGAAACCUGCGCUCUAAUUUACCUACAGGGUCAAAUCCGUGCGGGACAUGCACGCCCUGAGGACUUCCCACUCAACCUCUGGGACAUGGAACGUGUGUAUGAAGGUGUAUACCAGUUUCUGGAAUUCUUCGCUGUCCUUACAGAGAACACUGGGUGGAAAAACCUUCUCGUCCAGUGGGAGAUUGUGUACGACUUGACCACCCUUCUUAAAGAGUUGGAGGCGAGUAUCCCUAAAGGUUCAUUGAACUCCCUCAACUCCGCCGGCACUGCAGCUUCACGUGUUGCAGCCCAACCACCAAAAGAUACAUCAGCAACGCAAGGUGCAAGCAACGUUCCUGUUGCGGUUGAGCGACCAUACGACACGAACGAUCAGGAACCGACCGAUGCCACAACUGUCAGUGCGGGAUCUAGAGCCCAUUCCCCGCCCCUAGGCAACGACGAUCCGUCCGACUUCGAGUGGCGUAAUUUGAAGAAACUGGUAGUUCUCGUCCUCUCCUCGCUCGUAUGGCAAUGUCCGGAAGUCCAGAACCAGAUCCGCAAGUACGGGGGUUUGGAGACUAUUCUGGCCUGCACUAAUUUCGAUGCGCAUAACCCGUACAUCAAGGAACAUGCGGUGCUGUGUCUCAAGUUUUUGCUUGAGGGUAAUCGGGAAAAUCAACGGGUGAUUGAGGAGCUGGAAGCGCGGGAGGUUGUUAGUGAUGAGGGUGGAGUUUUAGAGAAAGGGGGAUAUGAGGCCGUGAUCAAUGAAGGGAAGCUGGCGAUUCGGACGAAGAAGGAUGCGCAGGCAACUGCGGAUGCUGACGUGUCGUCUUCGAAUACAUAAAAUGCCGUUUGAGCUACCGCUUUGACAAAGGACCUUUGUGGGAAGGAUUGGAUCUGCUUCUGAUUACGAUGGAAUGAAUACUUUGACUGGAAAAUGGAGGAGUUUAUAUUGGAUUAUUUUUCGUGGGGCAUGGUUUCUGGCGCAUUUUAUGGGUGGCUCUGGAUGGGCGGAGCAUUUUAUUUCUUUUCUUCUUAGCGGGUAGUCCGGAUAUAUCCAGAGAUGAUCUUCCUCUUCCAAAAUUUAGAUGCGUGUAAGAGAAUAUAAUUUACCACACGCGCUCCAUACAACGCAUGUGGUUAGCAUGAAUAAAUGUUGAAUAGAGGAAGGAAAGCUGAAUGAUCACUAGGCACGAUACACUGAAAAAAAAGGUCAAAUCCGACUCCAUCAAGAGGAAAACAUUAACUCCAUGCAUGCAUUCAUUCCCAAAUUGACAUUCAAAUCCAAGACGAAGCAAAUGGUAAAUAGUAGCCACUCUCCAUUCUUCCAUCCCUUCGCCAUGAAAGAUAUCAGACAAGGGAGAGAGAGGAGCGGGGAAACACGUCUACUGCCCCUUGUCAUCUCCACGAGAGAGAGCAACCCGGCACACCAAUGCUCAUCCAUACAUCCCAUCCCAUUCCUCCUCUUCAUCAUCACCAGCCCUAUUCCCGCUUCCCCUCUUCAUCAAUCGCUCGAUCCUCUCGCGCUCGCGCUCGCGCUCCUUCUUGCCAAAAUCAGCCCGGUCAAGCGGACACGUCCCGCGUAAUCGGAGCCAAGGCCGUACGCAUUCGAGAUCGAAGAGGUGGGAGGUGUGGCAGGGGAGACGGACGACGAGCGGAUAUGGAUCGUCGAGGAAAGGGUUGCUACAGAUUGGACAGGCCUGCGUGGGUUUCAGGCUGGAGGUCGGGACGCGCUCGAGGGCUGGUGUGUAUGAUGUGGGUUAGCAAAGCUAAGAUGGUAAUAGAGCAGUGGAAGUGCUGCAAAAUAGCGCAAUUGGCACCAUGGCAAAACGUCAAGUUGUAGUUGUAGUUGUACCGUUAGAUCGUGAAUAACAUAUGUAAAAUAAUAAUCAACAAAAAUUAA